AUGUCUUCGCGCACGCCCCUCAAUCCGCUAGGGUUGUCCGGGGGAGGGGGAACCGCCGGGGCCAUGUCCGGCGUUGACGCGCGGUCGGACCCGCUCGCCGCGGCGGAGGGGCUCCUCGGGAAGUACUCGACCGCAAGGCCGGCCACCGCGAUGAGGCCCGGCACGGCGAUGGGUGCGAGGCCGGGCACGGCGGCGCGCGCGAGGCCCGGCAGCGCGAGAGGUGGCCGCCCGCCCGUCUCACCCCGCGCCGAGGUCAUGACGCUGGACACGAGCUCCGUCGCGGAGGACUCCCACAACCUCGACGAGUCCGCGGAGAUCUCCUACGGCGACGGCUUCGACAUUGACCGUUCCGACGCGGACGCGUCUCGGUCCGUGGAGGCCGCGAUGGACGACAGCGACGACGCCGCCUUCUACGAUAACGACGACGGCGGCGGCGCGGAGGUGACGACGUUCUCGGACGGCGCCGAGGGCAUCGUCCUCGACGACGACUCGCUCGGGGACUCCGUCUCGAUCGACUUUGACGCAUCCGCGAGAUCGCCCUCGACGCCGGCGACGCGACCCAAGAGCGCGCCGAGGCGCGACGUGGACCUCUCCAUGAGCGUGGACGACGACGCGCUCGGUGACGCGUCCAUCAGCGUCGACGCGGACGACUUCGCGAACCGGCGGCCGGCGCCGAACAGGCCGGCGUCCGCCAAGGGACGCCCGCGAGGAGCGCCGCCGCCGCCAGCCGUGUCACUGCCGCCGCCAGCUGUGUCGCCGUGGGCCGGCGCGUUGAGCGACGGAGAGGACGAUGGCGUGGAUGACGACGUGGACGAUGACGUGGAGAUGGUCGAAGAGAGCGGCUUUUCGUUUUCACCGUCGCCGCGGUCGCCGGCGGCGGCGGAGGCGGAGGACGAGACCGAGGCGUUGCACCGACAGCUGGCGGGGAACGACCCAAUGACGCAGCUCCGCGCGUUCGAGCGCGACGAGGGGCUCUCGCCCUCCGCGAACGGCGGCCCGUCUCCGAGGUCCCCCGAGGCGACGGAGGCGGCGGACGAGACGGAGGCGUUGCACCGGAUGCUCGCCGGAAACGAUCCGGUGUCGUCGCUUCGCGCGCAGUUUUCGCCCCCGGAGGAGACGAGGAGGCCGACGUCGCCGCCCCGCGUGAUGCGCCGCGCGACCGACCCGGAAGAGUCCGCGGAGGAGGUUGCGGACGAGUCCGCGGCGGCGCUCGAAGUUUUGGACGAAUCCGCCGAGGAGAUCGCCACCGAGCCGAGGACGUCCGUCUCGAGGUAUUCCGAGCAUCUCGCGGAUUACUCCGAGACGUUCGAGUCCCCGGACGCCAGUCGCGUGAUCGAAGGGGCGGACGAUGCCUCGGCGCCGCGCGACGCGGACGGGUCGAAACAGGACGGAUCGAGACGCCCGGAGCUCGUUCGCUCGGGCGACCUCGGCGACAAAGCGAGGGCGCUGCUCGAGGAUAUCAGGGCGCUUCGCUCGGGUGACCUCGGCGCCGGCGGGCCGGCAUCCGCGAAGGACGCCGCGGAGCUCGCGAGGCUGCUGCGGGAGGUGCAACGCGCGACGCGCAGGCGAAUGAUCGGGGUCUCGCGGCGCGCGGCGGCGGCGUCUCCGCCGGUGAACUACUUUGAACCCGCGAAGAAGGACUACCUCGGCGCAUUUGCGAACCUUCGGAGACAAACAACCUCGAUCAGCCAAACGGCCGAGGACGGCCCGCCCCAGCCCCAGAGGUCGUACGCGACGACGCGCGAGGAGUGGUCCGCGUACCUCGCGGGCGAGGGCGGAUACCCCGCGGAGGCGCCGCGCCCGCUCGGGCUCGACCACGACGAAAAGUCGUUUCAGGAGAUUUGGAACGCGUCGCGGCUGAGGACGAAGUCGGCGGCGAGCGGGGCGGCGAAUGACACGUCCACGGAGGAUACGUCCACGUCCCGGGCGAUCGCCGCGGCGAUUCGGGCGCACGGCGCGUGCGGGCACCUGCGGGCGAGGGUGGCGUCCAUUCAGAUGCGGCUGCGGGACAGGAAGCGCGAGCUCGAGAGGGCGCGCCCGUUUGGAUAG